AUGACGAGCCGCACAUUCGUAUGCGGUAUGCGCCUCACAUCAACUCGGAUUUGUGCCAUGGCGAGCACGCCGCCCCGCGGCGUGACCCUUGUUGAGUUGAUGGUGGCGUUGGCGGUGGUGGGUGUGCUGCUGUCGAUCACGAUCCCUGCGGUCUCCGGUGCGCGCGGUGCUGCGCUGCGCACGGAGGCCGAUUCUGACCUUCGGCAGGGUGUGGCGAUGAUGUCGUCGUACGCGGGGGCGUCUCGCGGGCUGGCGCCGUUCGUGGAGCCGCCGGUGAGCGAGACGGGUGAGAUCGGGGACUUCGUCCGGAUCGAGCUGCCGCAGGGGGGCGCGGUGGGCGCGCCGUAUUUCGCGCAGACGUACUUCUGGCACACGGCGUUGCUGGCGCGUGGGUACGACAUGCACGGCGGUCACUGGGGCGGUUUCGACACGUUCACGGCGAGCCAGUCGUUCCUCGCGGAGGCGGGGUACUGGACGGAUCGCGGGGCGCAGCGUCGGGAGUCGUGGGGCGUGCAGCGGCUGUCGUCGGUGACGAGCCCGGCGUCGAAGGCGCUGCUGUACCAGCGGUCGUCGAGCGACGUGGCGGCGAGCCCGGUGGGGUUCGUGGACGGUCACGUGGCGCGCGAGUCGCGCUCGGCGGCGGGGCCCUGGGUGGUGAACCGGCUUUGGGAUUUCGAUUCGGGAAAGGCCUCAGCCAUGAAACACACCCGAACCGUCCUGCACGCCCUUGCGGUGCUGUCGCUCGCCGGCCUCGUGGUCGCCGAGCCGAGCCCGGGGAACCCGAGCAACCUGGACCCGUGCUACCGCGAGGACCCCCUGGACCCCUAUUCGAGCGGCGGUUGCAAGGGGCCGGAGGUGUGCUGCAUCUUCGACGACAUCCCCGGUUUCCCGGGUCUGCUGGUGUUCUGCUGCCACGAGGACAAGACGUGCGGCUAUGAACAGGACCCGGACGGGAACGCGCGGUCGGAGCGUGAGCGUCUGGGUCGGAUGCCGGAGGCGCCGUUGUCGGCGGACCAGGUGACGCGUCGCGUCGAGGACUGCGUGGAUCUGCUGGCGAGCCGGUUCCGGGAAUCCGAGGAGAGCCGGGCGUUGUCGGACGAGCAGGUGGAGCGCCUGGCGCAGCGGGCGGGGGCGUGCCUGACGGAGCUGAUGACGGGGACGGUGGAGUCGUAUUCCGACCUGAUGAUGGCGUGGGGCGGGGAGCUGAAGGACACGAACUGGUCGCGGCCGGAGCACCUGGCGAAUUACUGGACGCGGAACCAGAACCUGUACCCGUUCUACAGCUACGACCUGGAGUCCAUGCGGCUCGAGUCGCCGACGGUGCGCCCGGGCGGGCUCACGAUCGUGCGGACGGAAUCGGAGUACGCGUACGGGGAGCAGCGCUCGGCGUGGACGUUCCCGGACAUCGGGCCGGUGCAGGACCACGAGCGUGAGGUCCGUUUCGUGACGAUCGACGUGACGUCGAAGAACGGGAACGUGGGGACGGUGGAGAUGUGGUGGCAGUGGAGCCACCGCGAGGCGCAGUGGAUGCCGAUGAAGAUCCGGUACUACGCGGACGGGAACAACACGAUCCCCGCGAUGGUCUUCUGA